UUUUGAUAAUUCUUAAUAAGAAAUGUUCACUCAUUCAGACCUUAGGAAUCGUGGUCAAUGGAGCAAAACUCUUAAUCCAAUGGGAACCUUUGGUGGAAGUAGAGUCAAGAGGACAGGGUCUCCACAACCAGCUGUUCGAAGCAUUUUGAAAAAUGCAACAAAUGGGAACAGCUCUUUAGCUAUGAAAAACGGGCUAUUAGGGCACUCUGUGGCUGUUGAUCCAUUUUCCAAACUUUGCCAGCUUCAUACUUCAGGCACUGGAAGUGUCAAAGUGAUUGGGGAUGAAAGCUCAAUGGAGUACUUACUUGGCAUCAGAGCAGUCUCAAGAGAUGUCUUCCAUGAAGAAAUUGGCACUAUUGCAAAGGCUAUCUACGAAGAAGUUAGUUUUAGAGUCUCAAAUGGGCCUGUGAAAGAAAGAGUGGUUACUAUAAGCAAUCCAGUAGCUUCUCAACCCCCUGACCUUAGCGGAAUCGAGAGUUUUAUUCAAGACAGCCUUGCCAAUCAAAAGACUGAGCUGAUAGCUCCUAUAACAGACAAAGUCAACCUGAACGACAAGAAGAUGAAUACGCUCGAGGAAAAGUUACAGAAAUUGGAGGAGUCAAUCACCUCCUUGACCAAAACAGUCCAGAACCAAAUGCAAAAGGAAUCGCUAACGUCUGAGGACAAAGACGAAGACAUCGAGUUGAUUCAGUCGGAGUUAGAGACAAUCAAGAAUGAAUUUGCUGAAAGAGGAAACCUCUACAUUCGUUUGUGUGAAGAACUUGAAUCAGAUAGGCUUGACAAUAAACUCAUGAAAGAAGAGUUAGAAAGGGAAUUCGAUACUCUUGAUAAAACUAUCAGAGACCAAAUUAGUACCCAAAUCAGCGACAAUAUUGACUUUUUCAUUGAGAAUUUCAAAAAUGAUAUGAAAUCCCUCAGAGGUGACCUUGACCAAGAGCGUGAAGACAUAGAAGCCUUCAUGAGAAAGAAGAUAGAUGACCUUCGUAAAAGAGUUGACAAUGACACUCAGGAUCUUGAUUCAAGACUAAAGAAAGCCAUGAAGGAGAAUACUUCCAGGUACCAAAACCUUGUAGAGAAGAUUGAAAUCGAAACAGGAGACCUUUCAUCCAAGAUUAAAAAGAUUGACAACAAGCUGGAGGCACCUAAGAAAUUUAUUGGAGAUAAGGAAUACAAAUCGAGCUUCCACAAUAAUCCAGGUCAGAUUAAGAGGUAUAUUAGCUCCCAAGUGGAGUCUAAGCUGCUCUCGCCUGGUGCUGAAAGCCCUAAGGCAAAUGCUUGCCAUGAAAGUUCUGAUAUUAGACAUAACUCUCAGAGUUUGCAUGGCCCAAUGAGGCAGUUCCCCUCAGACACGAUGAGAGAUGAACACGAGCAAUCUAAAUCCAACACUGGGGAACUAAUCUCAAAUUUAAAAUAUGAAGAAAUUAUCGAUGAAGUUCAAAAACUAAGAAAAGACCAUGAGUACAUUUCUGGUGAAAUCUCAACGAUGAAGCAAUCAUUAGAAAGUCUGUUUACUCAAAACGAUACCUUGACAGACCUUUCCGAAGGAUUUUAUAGCCUAAAGAGCAGCACACAGAAGAUGCAGAGUUCUCUAGAUGAGAAACUUUCCAAGUAUAAACUUGAAAUCUCCGAGGUCAGGAAGGAAGAUAUCAAGAAAUUCGAGGAAAAGAGCCUGGCAAUUCAGAAGGAAAUCAGCAAGAUUAAUGAUUCCAUUACUGAAUUUGUCUCACAAGAGCAGCAAUCGAAGAAUGAAUCUAAAGUUGCUGGCCAAUGCCCAGAAAGAGAGUUUAACAUGAUGUUCAGUGUUGAUCCAGUUAAGGAACUCGAGGCCAAGGUCUACAAUGAUAUGGAACAGAUCAAGCAAGAAAUAAGCCUUGCCGUGAAAGGAUACAUUGACAACAGGACUAAGUUCCUUGAAAACCCACAGGCAAUAAUCUCCCAAAUUCAGGACAACUUUAUUAAUCACGUUAAAACAUCUUUCUUCCUUGAUAUCGAGAGGUCUUUAGUCCCUCUGGUCCAAAACGAAGUCAAGAAGGAAAUGACUAGAAUGACUAUCGAGAGAGAAUCAUACGAAGAAGAGGACAUUGAUACUAAGAGUCAAUCAAUCAUCAAGACAGAUACUCUCCUCAAUGGAAUGAAUAAUGCUCAAGACAUUAACGACCAAGUUAUUGUAGAAGAGGUUUCCAAGGACAAUACAGAUAUGUACACUUACACUCAUGGAAGCGAUAAAGAGAAUAAUGAUCCAUCAAAAAGUCAUAGUCACCUACGUGACCAAGACGAUCAGGAUGAUGACUCUGAUGUUGAAGAUGCAGUAAACACUUUCUCUCCUCCGAACAAGUUACCAGAAUCAUUCGUUGAGUCAAGAGGAAGCAUUCUCCCAUCAGAAGCAUCGAGCAGCAAGAAGGAGACUAUAAAUAUUUUCGAGAAUUCAUGAGAAAAGGAAUCACCUGAAGUGAAUAGAUCCUAUGACUUUAACCAAGGACUUGACUCCAGCCUUAAAAAGGCAAGACUGAACAGGAAUAUUUCUCAGCAAUACUUUGACGUUAAUGGGCAGAGAAGGUUCAAUGAGAAGAAUGUCCUCAGAGAAAGAUUCACAGAUCCCAACAAUAUCUCUCACAAUAAGUCGAAUGAGUCAAUCACAAUUUCUCAUAAGACAUUUAACCACUCAAAUCUCAAGACAGAGACCAAUAUAGCAGAGUCAAUGAAGAACCAAAAGAUCAAGCAAGCAAUGAAUGAAAUACAGAAUACUCUUGAACAAGAGAGACUUAAAUUACAGCAAAAGCCUCUUGAAAAAGAAGAGCCUCCAAAAGCGAGGGUAGACCAAUCCCAAGGCUUGACCUCCAUGAACUAUGGAUCUCCAAUCUCAAUGUUCAAUCCUCACUCAAAAGUCUACACUCCUACCUUAAAAUCAGGCUCUAAAAAUGAUCAUGAACAAAUGACACUUGAAGAACUAAUCUCAAAAAUUGACAACAAAAGGGACAUGAUUAAGAGAAGUGUGAGGGAAGAAAUGGAUGAUUACUUCUGAUCAAAACAAUUCACACCACAAUUCACCGAAUCAGCUACAUCUCACUUCAUUCAUCAGUCAACAAAUGAUCAAGUCUCAGUAGGACCUCAGCAGCUUCCCUCAGAAAUACAGUAUCAGAGCAAUAACAUUGAAAUGGUUCAGAAGGAGACAGGAUUUAGAGGAGAUCCACCUUCAAACUCCUACAUCCACAAUGGGUAUAACAACCAAUUUGAGGACUAAUUCAUCACCAAACCUUCAAUUAA